AUGUCAUUCGGUGGAUUCGGCAGUUCUAGUGCGCCUACAAGCGGUGGCUUUGGAAGCUUUGGAUCAGGUGGUACCAGCAGUGGCUUUGGAAGUUCCGCGGCUGCUUCUCCAUUCGGUAGUGGCGCAGCUACCGGUGGUUUUGGCUCAGGGACGUCAACGUUUGGUGCAGGAGCUGCUAAGCCAACAUUUGGUGGCUUUGGAGCUGCUACACCGACGACAGGAGGUGGUUUUGGUGCUCCACAGACGACGACGACAGGUUUUGGUGGGUUUGGAGCGGCGGCAAAUCCUGCAACGACGACAGGUUUUGGAACUACGUCAUCAUUUGGUGGUGGAACAGCCACUGGCGGCUUUGGAUCUUCCAAUACAUCGGCAUUUGGAGCUAGUACUCCAUUUGGUGCCAAACCAAGUACAAGUCCCAGUCCAUUUGGAUCUACAGGUGCAUUUGGUGGCAACACUGGAACAACGAGCGCUUUUGGAGGAGGAGGAAGUCGUGGUGGUGGUACAACGGGUGGAUUUGGUACACCAACGCCUGCUAGUGGCGGUAUAUUUGGCAACACGACAUCGAGUGGAUUUGGUGCACCUGCAGCCAAGAGUCCGUUCGGGACAACGUCGACGACCACCCCGACGGGAGGAUUUGGUGCGCAGACGACGGGUACAACGGGUUUUGGAGGCUUUGGCUCACAAUCUACAACCGUUGCGGCUCCAGUGGGACAAGUACAGGUUGGCACUGGCCAACCACCUUAUCAACCUACACGUGAGAUGGAGCCUUCAGGAACAGGCGGCACGGCCAACUACAUUUCGAUCUCACGCAUGCCAGCAUAUGCACACAAGUCAACCGAGGAGCUGCGUUAUGAAGACUACUUGAAGCGCACAAACCCAGCCGCUGCACAGGCAGCAGCUACGCAAAAUGCACCAGCGCCUGCUGCGACGUCAGGUGGAUCGAGUGCGUUUGGAGGUUUUGGCGCGCAACCAACUACAAGCUCGGCUUUUGGCGCUACAGGAGGCUUUGGCACGGGCCAGCCAUCGGCAUUUGGCGCACCAGCUACUGGUGGAGGUUUUGGAUCAUCUGCUUUUGGCUCGGGUACAUCAGCUUCGACGACUGGCGGGUUUGGUGGCUUUGGAAUGCAGCCUGCUGCCCCGGCUACAAAUAGCGGUAUGUUUGGAAAUACUGCUGCUCGUCCUACUACGGGUGCGUUUGGUGCACCAUCCACAAGCAGCGCGUUUGGUGCUGCACCCGGUGCUACCUCAGCUUUUGGAACCUCUGCCACGGGUGGCGGUUUUGGAGCAUCAACAGGUGGAUUCGGAAGCAGCUUUGGUGCAACACCGGUAGCACAGCCUCAGAAUAGUGCCUUUGGUGGCUUUGGUGCAGCUACCCCAGCAGCAUCUACGGGCUUUGGUGCCUCAGGGUUUGGCAAACCCGCGGCAUCUCCGGGAUUUGGAGGCUUUGGAGCCACGACAACACCUGCAGCAACACCGGGUACGGGUGGAUUUGGCUUUGGAGCUACACAACCACAAGCAAAUGCGACUUCAUCUCUUUUUGGCGGAUCCGGAGCAGCAGCACCCGCUUCUACGGGCUUCUCGUUCGGUGCCUCCGCCCCGACGCCUGCAGCAUCUGGAGGUUUUGGUUUUAAUUCUCUUGGGGGUACUGGUUCAUUUGGAAGUACAACUGGGAGUGCAUUUGGAGCUGCCACUGCACCCGGUGCUUUUGGCACCACACCUGGGCAGACCGUUCAAGGCACUACUUCUCCCUUUGGAUCUUCUGUUCCAGCUGCUGGGUCAACUGGUGGUUUCGGUUUUGGGAACGCGCCGUCUACCACACCUGGUUCGACAACGAACUUGUUUGGGGCGGCUAAGCCUGCAGCGACCGGUCUUUUUGGCUCGACGGCGAGUGGUUCGAACACGGGACUUUUUGGAGGUGGUACAAAUACGGGUGGAUCGUCUUUCUUUGGUGCACCCGCUGCUACAAACACUGGAACGACUGGGUUUGGUUUUGGCGGCAAUGGUGGUGGAUUUGGAAGUAAUAGUACUGGUGGAUUUGGUGGCUUUGGCACCACUGCUACUCCGGCUACUCAGACAGGAGGAUUUGGCACAACAGGCAGUUUGUUUGGGCAGCCACAACAGCAAACACAGGUAACUGUCGCGCAGCCACCCAAUUUGGUAGCAGCUCCCGAUGUCAAUCCGUACGGUACGGGGUCGUAUGGUGCCGGGCUGGUUGAGCAGAAUGUGAAGGCUGCAUUGGAUCUUCAAACGAUUAAGACGGGUUCUAGUGCGUCUUCUCGUUUGAUCACCUACGCGGAUGACGUGGGGCUUCCGAGGGGUCCAUUGGAUCCACCUCUGGUGACUCGGCGCCAAUCAAUGAGUAGCCGUCAUGCCAUUCCGGUUUCGUUCAUCCGUGGCUCAUUCAAGGGUUCUAAGAGUCGAUUCUCUACUUUUUCCGCCCCAGCACGUUCAACCGGUCUUUCCAGUGGCCCUCGACUUGUGGUAGGUGGCGAUGGUGAUGCUACAAAGGACGAAUUCAAGUUUACGUCAUCUCUGUUCCGCAACUCAGUGACAAAGAGGCUGGUGAUUGACAAAGCAGAGCAAAGCUCUGCUCGAGGUAGCCACGGAAGUUCGCAUGUGUCUGUUGUGCCAAUAUCUGAUAAUGACGGCGUUGAUGUUUAUAAAAUCGGAAACAGUCGCAGUCGGUUGUUGAAGGCUGACGAUGACGGCAAGUAUAGCGUCAGUUUUUGCAAUCAAACGAACAAGAAAGUGUUUUCAUUGCGUCUUUAUCCGACUCAGACGGUCAAGCAAGCCAGAAAUGAAGUAAAGCUGUUGCUUCGUGAGAGUAGCGCGUCGACGUCAUCCUCAAUCGUCGAUAUUGAGUUGGUUUUGAAGGGGCGGAUUUUACACGAUAAUAGUACUAUUGAAGAGCUGCAGUUGCAGGAAGGGGACUCUGUCGGCGUUGUUGUGAUCGAAAACCGUGCAGACGAUAGAAAGCAUGACGAUCAGAGCGCUUCACUUGCUUCGUUGACCAAGAUGCCUGAAGCACAGCCUAGUGACGAGACGGUACCUCCCAAGCGCUUUAUGACCUAUGACGAGUACUUGGCCUCUGCUAGUCGAGACGAGGCUGAUUUGUUUAAAAAUACUGAAGCGAACGACAGCAGUCGUUCUUCUCCUGCCUCAUCGUCGUGUCCGACGCUAAAGAACAAUGAUUAUUAUACCAUUCCGCCGUAUGAGCGUCUGCAGGUUAUGACCGACCAAGAGUUGUCGGAAGUGGAUAAGUUCACUGUUGGUUGUCAUGGCUUGGGUGCUGUGGAGUGGAUAGGUAAGACAGAUGUGCGCAAUCUUGACCUUGACGAGUUGGUGGUUUUUGAGAAGAAGGAAGUGAUUGUAUACAAGGAUGAUGCGAAGAAACAUGAACUUGGUAAAGGUCUUAAUAAGCCUGCUAUUGUCGAACUUCUGGGCAUUUUCCCACCGCGUAAGUUGGCCUCUCCCGAGAAUUACAAGGAGCGUGUAAAGCAGCGUACGCAAGAUAUUGGUGCUACCUUCCUUGACUACUCCAUUGACAAGGGUAUUUGGCGGUUUCGAGUUGAACAUUUCAGUCGAUACGCUUUUGAGGAUGACGAGGAUGAUGAUGACGACGAUAUUGUUAUGGAUGGUCCCAAUGAAGCAGCAGAUGCACAGAGCAAGGAAUUGCACAUCGAUGAAUUGUCACAAAAGUCGAGAAUGACUCGUCGGUCUAUGGUCAGUCGAGUUAAGGUACCGUUUUCUGCUGAUCGCAGUGGGCUAUAUCGUCAGUCGGGUAUCUUUAGCGGUGAUGUGAAAAGCAGCAGUGAUGUCGCAUCAUUUGGGAGUCAUCGAACACCUGUUGCCGUUAGUGACGUUGAAAUGAAGACUGACUUGGAAAGUGUGACACCCGUGGCGAAUUUGCAUGUGGAUUUUAAUGUUGCCGAAGACGUUGUGACGACGAAGAGCGACCAACUUCCAACGAGUGAAGUAUUUCCGGUCACUCCGUACACUUUGAAACCUCUCGGCGUCGAUAAUGCUGAUCGUUGGUCCGUUAGAGGAAGAUCAGCGACGUAUCAAAUAAUGCUAGAAGCUUCUCAUCAGAAGCAUGCGCGAGUUGUGCGCAACUAUGUUGAUGGAGGUAUGUUCAUGGCUCGCUCGUUUCGAUGCUCGUGGGGUCCAAAUGGCGAGUUGGUAAAUCUGGGAAAGCUGACUUCGCGUCCGGAGAACUAUUCGGAUGUACAAAGUUGCGGCCGUCGUGUUUGCAUUGAGUUUCCCCUCCGUCUUGCUGCAGACCGGAAGCAGGAUCUUUACGAGGGGCUGCAGUUGCACUACGAUCUCACCUCGCAGAGUAAAAGCCCCAACGAUUUUGUUGAUCGAGAAGAAUUUGAUGUUCCUACCCAGUAUGCGCUUCCUGUGCAUGAUGCGCUAAUGAAUUGUUUGCACAGGUAUGUUACCCAUGCUGAAAGUCGGAUUCAAAAGACACCUAACGGCUCCUUUGAGAAGCUUAAUUUGCUUGUUUGGAAGUUAAUACAAGCUUUGUGGGGCCAAGAACAUGGUGCCAAGAUGGGCGAUCAACCUAGUUCUGCGUUCUGCCCUCUCAUAUCGCGGGAUGACCCUAGUGAAGUGGAGACUCUGGACACGUUCCAAACUAUAGAACUGCGCAGAGAAGCUAUAUCUCAGUGGUUUGAGGAUGCGUUGAACGAUGGAGAGGCCACAACCUUAUUUGACGGUACUCCUCCUACCCCUGAAGGCGUCCUUCGCUUGUUGUGUCAGCACCGAAUUGGAGAAGCAGCGGAUAUGGCUACGGACUGCGGCAACUUGCGCCUGGCAACGAUUAUUGCGCAGGCGGCGUCCUACGAAUGUGCUGGUUUUCGAAGUCUGAUGGAGACACAAAUGGCACAGUGGUAUGAUAAUGGAUCGCUGGAGUUCAUGGACAAAACUUUGGUUCUCGUCUACAGUGUGUUGUCAGGGAAUGUCGAGGCGCUGUCUGCUCACAAGAGGGCGAGCAUGUCAUGGAUUGAGUGUCUUGCGCUAUUUUUGUGGUACAAACGUGGCCCUGCGUCGUCGUUGAAGUCAGCAAUGGCGCUUUACAAGGAUGCGGUCAGUAAGCAUCAGGCUUCUCCUUCACUUUCACAGUUUGCAGCUGCAGGCACUGAUAAAGACGAUGUUUUGAUGGAGCUGAUGAAGCUUUACAUUGAAGAUGUAGCUUCACUCUGCAAAGUGUUAUCACCUAGUGGCUUUAUGACGCAAGAUUUAUACCAUUUGGACUACGAGCUGUCGUGGCACCUGCACAGCGUUCUACGUGCUAUUGGCUACAAGCUUGAUCGCCAGUGGGAAUCACACAUUCACCAGAACUUUAUUUGCCAGCUUGAGGGGUAUGGUCUUUGGGAAGACGCAUUAUAUGUUGCACUUAACAUAUCUGAUGCUAUUGAGCGUGAAAAUACAUGCCGCGAGCUGCUUUUUCGCCGCGCAGAUGCUUUGGCUUUGAACUCGUCUAUACGGGAAGAUCUUUGUGAGCGUCUGAAUCUACCUGCUGAAUGGAUUAGCGAGGCACUGGCGGUGAGGGCCAUUGUCAAGCAGGAGCACCACGAAGAAUUUGCUUACUGGAUAUCUGCUCGACACUACGAAGAAGCUCAUGCGUGCUUGAUUUCGCACAUAGCGAUGCGCUAUAUGUUUGCCAGUGAGAAGGACGCUUUGAUGCAGCUGCUGCUGGAGCUAGAGCCUAUGUCAGUCUAUAUUCCGUUAUGGAAGAGCUGUGAGAAGGUGGAUACUAUUGGAGGCGGACUGUUGUUGGAGUAUCUUCGCCUUGAGCAGCAAAAGGGACUGGAAGUUGGCCAUGAAGACCAGUUUCUCCAACGCAUUAUGCUGCUUUCUCAGCAGCUUUCUAGCGCCCAAGACGCGUCGGCGAAGGAUGGGGGCAAGAAGCGCGGGAAAGACGUGCUGGUAGCGCAAACUUGUGUGUCAUCAAUGAUUGUGUCAUUGGCUACGCAAGCUGUGCAAAUGCGCUCGCUUCUGUCGUAUACGCAAGAACGUGAGCUGAUGGAUGCUUCUUCGAUGUCGGCACCCCUUGAACUGGAGCCCGAAUUUUUACUCGGGCUUUCCCGUUUGGUGACUGGGCGUGAGACUAGCUUUGUGGAGUCCUAUCGGACGAGUCAAUUGAUGCAUCUGUGCACUACUUUCAUUGAUUGGCGAGCUUAA